AUACAAAAGCUACUGAUGAUGGACUACAGAGCAAGAUACUUAAAAGCUAAAGAAAACAACGAGGAAGAUCACACACAACAACGAGACUAUGACCCAUCUAAAGAGGGUGAUAUUUUUCACGAAAUGUCUUUGUCUAAUGAUAGAAAAAGUCAGUCUGAGCGAAUCCACCCAAUGGAUGUUCAGAUGGCUGUGUUUCAUUGUGCUGAUGGUUUCCUGAAGCAGCUAAUGGUGACUAAACUGUCCCAGUGUCAGUACGCUCUGCCUUUGCUUGUUCCUGAUCCAUUCACACAACAGAUUGAGUUUCCUCUCUGGACAUUCAGACAAAUCAGCAAGAGCUGGAAGAUGAGAAACAAAAACAAUGAAAUCAUCAGUCAAACCCAGCCGAUCUACAAAGCACAAACUCCAAUGGUGUUUUUCUUCAGGUUUGGCUCUGUGUCUUCAUCCAAGUCUCAGCUGAUGAACAGUCUGAUCAAUGAGAAACACAACACAUUCUUCCACAGGAACUGCCCAGGCAGCAGCAGAACCAGAGUCCUGAUGGAUGGAGUGGUGGAGAUCUCCUGGUUCUGUCCCUCUGGAACAUAUGAUGAUAAAUUCACUGACUGUGUUGCCUUCUGUAAUCUACACGGUGAUGCAGCAGCCAAUGAGAAACAGCUGCAGAUCCUCACUGAAAUGGCCUCAGUCAAUGUUGUUCUUCUAUCACAACUUCAGAGGUAUGACAGAAGCAUGAAAAAACUUGAUGAACUCCAUAAGGGCUCAAAGCCAUUUAUUUGUAUUUUUACUGAGGAUGAAACGGCUGUAACUGUGUUGAAGGAAAAAUAUCGGAUUGGUCUGAAAAACAGAAAUCAGUCGGAUGUUUCUGAAGAGCUCAGAAGAGCUAUAAAUGAUUGUCUCUCAGAAUCAUCUUCCACUUUCAGACUUGAAGAUGUGUCCAAACACUCAGAUAUCAGAGUAGAUGAGGAAGUUGAUGAGGACUGCAGGAGAGGAAGAGAAGCAGCACAGCAGAUGAUGUGUUUACUGGAGAAGAAAGAUCUGAGAGGAAUCAAAGAAUCAUUUCUGCCUCAUCAGGGGAAACUGUGGCAUCAGUGGAGUCAGAAGAACAAAGAACUACAUCAACCUCAAGCAGAUGAGAUAGAAAUGGACAUCAGUAGAAAACAAACAGACUUGAAGACAAUCCGUGAACAGCAGCACGCAUCUGAUAUAAGUGAGUUUGUGAAGCUCUUCAUUAAAGAAAUGAACACAGAUGCUGAACAUGAAAAGAUGUUUUUCAUUAAAUGGCUCACAAUCCUCCUGGAUGAAUAUAUCUCAGCUGACCUUUCUGCUCUACAUCAUAAGUAUAAUGAAAUGUGGUCAACAGUCUUAACAAUGAAUGAUAACAAAAAUACAUCUGAGCAACUGACAACUGUACAAAUUGACCUUGACAGAGUAUCUAAGGAACUUCAAGCUGCAGCUUUUGGUUUGGAGCACAUCAUGAGGGAGAUCGGUCAGAUCUAUGAAUCAUGUUCAUCUGUGAGGAAGAUUAAGAAAGACCUGCAGGUUCACUUCUCUUCUCUCCCAAGUCUUGCAGCAGAGAUGAUGAUCUCUGGAUUUCCACUGGAGCUGAUGGAUGGAGAUGCUGCUCAUGUUCCUGUGAUCUGGAUCUCUGCUGUGCUAGAUGAACUCAUCCAGAAACUGGGAGACCAGAGAGUCUUUGUGCUGUCAGUUUUAGGGACUCAGAGCUCUGGGAAAUCCACCAUGCUGAAUGCCAUGUUUGGUCUCCAGUUUGCCGUCAGUGCUGGCAGAUGCACCAGAGGAGCUUUCAUGCAGCUGGUCAAAGUGUCAGAUGAGAUGAAAACACAUAUGAAGAUCGACUAUAUUCUGGUUGUUGAUAUUGAGGGUCUUCAUGCUCUAGAACUGACUGGAAGAUCAACAAGACAUCAUGACAAUGAACUGGCCACAUUUGUUGUUGGUCUUGCAAAUCUCACUUUGAUCAACUUCUUCAGAGAAAAUCCUGCUGAGAUGCAGGACAUUCUUCAGAUUGUUGUUCAGGCCUUCAUGAGGAUGAAGAAAGUCAGACUGAAUCGCAGUUGUGUGUUUGUGCAUCAGAAUGUUUCAGACAUCACAGCUGGAGAGAAAAACAUGGAGGGAAGGAGAAGACUGCAGAUGAAACUGGAUGAAAUGACAAAAGUCACUGCUAAAGAGGAAGAAUGUGAUGCAGAAUGUUUCAGUGAUGUCACUGAAUUUGAUAUACAAAAUUAUGUGAAGUAUUUCGCUCAGCUCUGGGAGGGCAGACCACCAGUGGCACCACCAAACCCAAACUACUGUGAGAGCAUUCAAGAACUGAAGGAAACUAUUAUGGCUUUUGCCUCAAAAUCACAUGGAAUGAUGCUGAUAGACUUAAAAGUCUGUAUUAAAGAUCUCUGGGAGGCUUUACGGAAGGAACAAUUUAUCUUCAGCUUCAGUUUCAAUGCUUUGGAGAUUUCAGCCUACAGGACACUGGAGCCCGAAUACAAUAAGUGGUCCUGGAGUCUUCGCAGUGCCAUGAUGGAAACUGAGAACAAACUACACAACAAAAUAGAAAAUGGAACAAUCCAUGAGGCUGAGGAAACUGAUCUUAAAAGAGAACUGAAGAAGACAAAUGAAGAAGUGAAAAAAUCAAUGUCAGAGUUCUUUGAGAAAGUCAGAGAUAGAGAUAAACUGAUUCAGUGGAAAGCAACAUUUGACCUCAAAAUUAAAGAACUUCAGGAAAACAUUGUGAGGGAAACAAAGAGGAAAUUAAUUGAGAUUCUUCAGCAGCGAGACCUCAAGAAAAAUAUUGAUGCCCAGAGGACACAUCAUGAAAAUUCUCUCUAUGAAACAAGCAAACAACUUGCCUUAAAAUGUAAAGACAAAGCAAAUGAUGAGGAAAGACUGAAGAAAGAGUUUGAUUUGUUUUGGGAACAGAGAGUGAAUAAGAUCAUCACAGAAAUUCCUCCAAUCAAAGACAUUGACAUAAUGACAGAUUUGAUACACAUCCUCAGUGACAUCUACAAAAUUGCUCACCAUUACAGUGAGAGCUGUGAUAUUUUUACUGUGUCGACUUAUUCAGAAUAUGUUCUUUUCAGAAAGUCCACAAAAAGAGUUAAAGAAACACAUGGAUUUGCUCGAAUUCUGUCUCCAGCGGAUGAAGCCCAGAUCAGAUCAUUAGUCACAGAUGUUGCUCUGCAGACAGACACAAUGAUUCAGUCAUUUAACAUUUCAAAGAUGGGCUACAACAUCAGCUGCAUUCAAAAACUCACAGGUUACAUCAAGAGGAGAGUAACAGAACAUCAGAUAGGACAAGUGAAAUAUGUGUUCAAGAUUAAUUUCUUCAUGGAUUUGGUUCUUUCCAUCUAUAUGAGAGCAAACAAGAUGAUCACUGACCAACACAGACUGUUCAGGGAAGCCAAUGAUCCUGUAAUAUAUGUUGAGAAGAAGAGAGAAGAGUACUAUACAAUUUUCCAGAAAUACUGUCAUGGAGAAACAUCAGCUGCUAUUUUUGGUGAGAUCAUCUGUCAGAAACUUAAAGAGCCCAUUGAGCAGAGUGUCUACAAGAAGACUGCCAGAGAUUUAGCAGAUGAAAUGAGAUCAAACUGUGAAUCACUGAAUGGAAGCAGAGCAAAUCUGGAGAAAGACAUCCUAAAGACACUGGCAGAAGAGGAAGAUUUCAACAAAUACAUGAACUACAUUCAUAAUCCCAGAGAUCAUUUCAAGAGUUUCAUCAGAUGUGAAGUCAGUCGGUACAUCACUGAUCAGUUCAGUGUCAGUGUUUUACCCAGGAUGAAGGAGAACAUUGAACUCCUGCAGCAGAAGAUCACGAAAGCAUCUCAUGAAUCUACUGAAUACGUUCAAGUCAGCAGAGGAGAUGUUGGUUUGUGGUUGAAGAAUUUCACACAGCAGCUCUCAGAUGAGCUGAUCUUCUCUGAAAAAGACCUCAGUGGAGUGAAACAUGAUGAUGUUGAAGUGAAACUCCUAGAAGAUGUGAUAGAUAAAGAACUUCCUGCUAUAAUGUCUGAGAUCAGCAGUAGAUUCAACACAAAGACAUUUCCAGUAAAGCUGGACUAUAAAUUCAGACCAGAUGAGCUUCUGAUUGAUGACUUCUGUUGGUGCUGUUGGGCUCAGUUUCCGUUCUGCACCAACACUGUAGAAAACCAUGAUGGAGAUCACAGUGUUGCUUUCCACAGAGUGAGAGGAACUAAAGGGUGGCAUUUCUCUCAAGCUCAGUAUCUCUGUGCUGUUAUUUGCACCAAAUUAGUGGCAUGUAAUCAGGAUGAACCAGAUGGAACGUUCCCUUUGAGAGAACAUAGAAGAGCAGGAGGAGUUUAUACAGACUGGAGCAUCACCCCUGACCUCUCUGAACUGCCCUACUGGAAGUGGUUUGUGUGCAGAUUCCAGAAAGAUCUGGAGAAAUAUUGCAAUAAAACAUUUGAUGGAUAUGGUAAGAUCCCAGAUGAAUGGAAAAAAUAUUCAAAACAGGAUGCUAUUGAGAGUUUGGGUCAAUGCAUCUAAUGGAGAA